UUGCACAGCGCCCUCACAUAAUCGUAGUUAACCUUCAACUCGCCAAUGUGCAAUGUGACCACGAGCUAGCUGAAACUACCAAAACAUCUAGCACUCAGCAGUACAGUCACAGUAUCCUAGACACGUGCAUGCUGUCCUGUGAACACUUCGUAGUCUUAGGCCUACAUUGUAACUUAAGUUCAUUAACAGAAAAUGGGCAAAAUUAAAACCAAAAAACAUACCGGUAAACUACACAACCCGGCACUGUCUAAAACGAAGAGAGAAGAAAAUGACUCGCAUCCUGAUUUAUCAGCCGUAAAGGCAAGCCUGAUACCUCCUGGUUCCGAGUUCCCCACCCAGGGGCUCUUCAGUCUGGCUGCGACAUCGUCAGACACCAGUCAAUCCCAGCAUGCCCUGGCCAGCCCACGUGACGAGGACGACAGGAGGAGCUUCAUCUCCAAGAAGAGCAUCAGAGGGGGACAGGGACAAAUCACCAAGAAGGAGAAGAUGAAGCUGAGACACGACAAAUGGCUAGAAAAAAUCGACACGAUCCAAAUGGCCAAGAGGAAUAAGAAAAAUGCCAAGAAGCGAUCAGAGAGGCCCAUCAUUGGUGACUUGAAUCCCCUGAACCAAGCCCUGCCGGAGCUGUCUGAGAUCAUUGCGCUCAGUCAUCGCAAGACUCAAGAAGCAAAAAUGGUUGAGGAGAGGAAACAACACAGAGGCACCAUGAAAGCCAGAGACAGACAACAGCUUCUCUUAGAGGAAUCAACACGAUUCAAGCAAGUCCUAAGACACUCUGCCUUCAAAUCAAAUCCCUUCUCUACCAUUAACGAGCAUCUCAAGAACAAGCUGCAGGAGGAGCAAGAUGCCCAGAGAUGACAUGAACAAGUCAAAGAGUGAUGUUUCUUGGUAUGGAGAUCUUGGAAAUUCCAUCAGGGCCUGUUAUGCACCAAUUACGCGUGCAGAUUUCCGUCCACAAUGAAAUUGGCAAGGUCAGAAACUGAUUUGUCCAGAUCGAUGAAUUUACACAACGUCGCUUCAACAACCCUCACACUAAUGGAAAAGCUCUGGUAAAUGUGAUGCUGUCUGCAUUAUGCCAUUACAUGCUGAUAUGUCAGGGGUCGGAUGUGUAAAUCUGGUGUAUUUUUGUCGUGUUUACCCAAUCAGAGUAAAGAAAACCAUGCAUGACAUAAUUAUGUAUUGUGUUCUGUGGGAGGCAGUUGAAAUUCACGAGAGCCAAGAAAUUUUUCAGAGCAUUUUUAAAAAGAAUGCUACAUGUGAAGUUGUAGUCAACAAAUUGUCUGUGGAAGUCCUUUGGACAUCAGGUUUAAUUGUUCCAAUAUUGGUGUCUGUCUUAGGCUUUUGUAUUUUGACAAGAAGGUCAGUGGAAUACUUUUUAGAACAUGUUUUGUCCACUUUGCAUGGUGAUCCCUGGUAAUCGAAGGAGGCUGAAAUGGUAAUGAGGGGUUGUUAUUUGUGGUGAAAAAGAGGAUUCAAAGUUACUUCUAAUCUUCAGACUUGAUGCCAUUUCUUAAAUUUUCACAAAAUAUCCCAUGUGGUAAAAAAGGGAUCAUCAGUGAGUCUGAGUGGCAGUGAUCUCUAUCCAAUGGAAAAAAGUCUGAUUUGUAUGUAAAACUGCGCAAGGCCAUCAUCACAAGACUGAGCUUGUGAUUUCAUGAAAGACCAAAACAAGUGAUGUGAUUUACGGUACUAAUGCAGAAGUUGCCCUCGAGUGAACCUGUGUGCUUCAGUGGAUAUUGCAUUGAAGUGCACCAGAGAAGGACGAAAUAUGCAUUACAUGUGCAUGUCUGUUAGUGUGCUUCCCUCUCUGUCUAAGUAGUGCAUCUGCUAACGAACUUUAUCUCUUUAUGUACGGAGCCACAUUCGUCUAAAAUUAAUCCGUGUUAACACUGGUUAAACUUCUCCCUGGAUGGACCUUAUGAGUCCAUCAGGAAAGUUCGUCCUGUGGAGGUGGAUUUAUAAAUAAAAUACCAACUAACAUACACUGUACACCCGCGAGACACCGUUCAUUAAAUAACUGCACACUGUGAAUCUGUGAUAACCAUGCGUGUAUGAUACAAGUGCAGAAGUGUUAUGAGUCUUCUCUAUCAGUAUAAGCACAAUAAAUUUUUCAAAA